CCGGAGGAGUUUUCUGUUUGGACCCAUACUGCGCUUGCGCAAUGAUAGGAGUCCUUGGCUGCUCGGCCUGCUGUAGGUUACGGAUCCAGUGAGGGUACACCGACAAAAUGCAGAGCUGGACACAGUUAUACCGCUCCCUGGCCACGCGGAGCCACCACCUGCCCUGCAAAGUGCACGGAGCUGCAGCGCUGUCUGUUCGGACCUACGCUGACAAAGCAGCAAUUGAUGCAGACGUCACAGUGGUGGGCUCCGGUCCAGGAGGCUAUGUCGCUGCAAUCAAAGCUGCACAGCUCGGCUUCAAGACAGUGUGUGUCGAGAAAAAUCCCACACUCGGCGGGACUUGUCUCAAUGUCGGCUGCAUCCCCUCGAAGGCUCUGCUGAACAACUCCUACUUGUACCACUUGGCUCAUGGGAAGGACUUUGAAAGCAGAGGCAUCGAAAUUUCAGGCAUCUCGUUGAACCUGGAGAAGAUGAUGGCUCAGAAGAGCGGGGCUGUCAAAGCGCUGACCGGAGGAAUCGCACAUUUAUUCAAGCAGAACAAAGUUACCCACGUUAAUGGUUUUGGAAGGUUAACUGGGAAGAACCAAGUGACCGCCACAACAGCUGAUGGUACCGAGCAGGUCAUCAACACCAAGAACAUCCUCAUCGCCACAGGCUCAGAGGUCACGCCCUUUCCAGGCAUCCAGAUUGAUGAAGAGACCAUCGUGUCGUCGACAGGAGCUCUUUCCCUGAAGAAAGUACCAGAGGAGCUGAUUGUGAUCGGAGCUGGAGUCAUCGGGGUGGAGCUGGGGUCAGUGUGGCAGCGUCUGGGUGCCAAGGUCACAGCGGUGGAGUUCCUGGGCCACGUGGGUGGUAUGGGCAUCGACAUGGAAAUCUCAAAGAACUUCCAGCGCAUCCUGCAGAAGCAGGGCCUCAAGUUCAAGCUCGGCACCAAAGUCAUGGGAGCAACCAAGAGGCCCGAUGGCAAGAUCGAUGUGGCAGUGGAGGCGGCAGCUGGAGGGAAGAGCGAGACUCUGACAUGUGACGUGCUGCUGGUCUGCAUCGGCAGACGACCUUUCACCCAGAACCUGGGCCUAGACACUGUCGGCAUCGAGCUAGACAACAGGGGUCGCAUCCCCGUCAACAACCGCUUCCAGACCAAAGUCCCCAGCAUUUAUGCCAUCGGUGACGUGGUCGCCGGGCCGAUGUUGGCCCACAAGGCCGAGGAUGAGGGCAUCAUCUGUGUGGAGGGCAUGGCGGGCGGCGCUGUGCACAUCGACUAUAACUGCGUCCCUUCCGUCAUCUACACGCACCCCGAGGUGGCCUGGGUGGGCAAGAGCGAGGAGCAGCUCAAAGAGGAGGGCGUCCCGUUUAAAGUCGGCAAAUUCCCCUUUGCAGCCAACAGCCGAGCCAAAACCAACGCCGACACCGACGGCCUGGUGAAGAUCCUCAGCCACAAGGAGACCGACAGGAUGCUGGGAGCUCACAUCCUUGGAUCUGGCGCAGGAGAGAUGAUCAACGAAGCUGCUUUGGCCAUGGAGUACGGCGCCUCCUGCGAGGACAUCGCCAGAGUCUGCCACGCCCAUCCGACGGUGUCAGAGGCGUUCAGAGAAGCCAACUUGGCCGCCUCCUUCGGCAAAGCCAUCAACUUCUGAGCCGCCAGCCGCUGUCGCACCUUCAGCGGACACGACAGCAGAGAAACGGGAAGCUGCGUGUCUGCUUCAAAAACCUUCUGACUUUGACCCACCUGGGAUCCUCAGUGUUCAUCCAGACUGUACCAGUUUAGCUCUAACGUUAUUUAAAUGUUCAAUAAAAUGAUAAAUGGGUUGUUUGGUGGGUAAAUAAACACUGACUGCUGUCAGGCUUUUUGUUUUCCACACGUAGUUUAAAAGAUCUCAGCAGAGCAUUAUGCACUCAUUUGCAGGUCAGAGGGAGAUAUGAAUAUUAUUUUGGCUGUUUUGUUUGUGCAAGCAGAAGGGGAUGUCUCUGUGUUGUUUUACAGCAUGGAGGAAUUUAACAAAUCUGAUGGGUAAUCAGAGCAGGAAACUGGAGCUGCUCGAAGAUUCACAUCUGCAGGUUUUCAAUUUUAAGAUGGAUUUCUGGCUCAUCUCAAAUCGGUGACAUCACAGCCGGUGUGGUGGUGGUUAAGUUUAUAUUUCUUUCAUGUUCACUCAGACUGAUGUCACUGAUUUGUGCAGAAAAAGAUGUGUGAUGAGAAUGAAUGUAGCUCAGCUGCUGCUUCCUGUGUAACUAAAGUACUGAAGGACUCUUUUAGGUCAACAUCAGCUUACAGUUGGAGGGGAGCUGCUGAUAGUUGCCGGGUGACUGUUUCCUACUCAAAUUACUCUGCUGUGGUUCGUGCUGGCCUGUAUCUCACCAUCUCAACCAAUAAAGGCAGUUAAAUCAGA